AUGGCCAGUGCUUCUAUACCACACACUAAUGUGGGAAGUGGCUGCACUAUCAUUACUCAGGUUGUUCCCUCAUCAACAGCUCCAGCUACAGUGGAACAAAUUUCCCCUCAGACGAAAAUCCUCUUGGAGACAUUCCUAAAAAGAGAACCCAAAGCACUUGGAACUGUCCAAAUAAUGAUUGGUGUGAUAACAAUAUUGUUUGGCAUUGUGAUUACGGUCUAUCCUUGGAACUUCAGUGCAUGCUCUGGAGUUGUAUUCUGGAGCUCAAUGUUUUACAUCAGCACUGGAUCUUUGGCUGUUUCAGGGAGCAACACGCUUAAAACAUGUGUGGUAAAGGCCACGCUGAUGAUGAACAUCCUUAGCAUAAUAAUUGCAGGAAUCGCCAUAAUUAUCCUUUAUCUGGAUUUGACAGUUGGGAAAUUUCUUUACCCCUGCAAUGACAGCCCUAGUCUUUUAACAGAGAGCCGUACCAAUGGAAUCACAGGUGUUUUGCUGUUUUUUUCUGCGCUUCAGUUUGCCAUCUCUGUUGCAAUUUUAAUUUUUACUUGCGAAGCUAUCUGCGCCAAUGGACCGACUAUGUUUUUUGGGGGGGGCGCUAUUACCAUUUCGCCAGAGCUGGCGGAAUGGCUGGAUGGCAGCGAUGAGCAGAGAGAGACAAGGGCGCGACAGAGCUGGGAAGGCUGCAGGCUCGCCAUUCGGCGGACGCCGUUCAAAGGUGAGGCAGCGGGGAGCUACAUGGUCCCAAGCACCGACCAAGAUGCACGGGCCGAGGAGGUCUGGCAGGACGGUGGCGAGGAUCAACCGGGAGACGACUACACGUUUUUGACGCAACAAAAUAGGGAGUGCAUUUCAGACCUGCGGGAGCAGGUGGCGCAGCUCCAAAUGCUGCUCGUCCAGUUUCGGGAGAGCCACGCAGUAGUCCCGGAGGUUCUCCCUCUCCCUAAUCUGAAAGACGCACUCCUCUUAGCCGCCGCCGUGUAA